AUGAUUAGCAAUAGUAGUUACAUUGGUCCAGUUUAUCGUAUAGCUUGGAGUCCAAUUGCAAAAGGUGUUUUUCUUUCAUCAUCAGCUGAUUGGACAGUAUCACUUUGGACAACUGAUCGAUUUCAACCAUGUAUUACCUUUGCAUCAAGAAAGAAACCAGUAUUUGAUAUUUGUUGGUCACCAAAAUCAGCGACGAUAUUUUGUUGUGCCAAUGAAGAAGCCGUAGAAGUAUGGGAUUUAUCAAAAAAUACGUAAGAGACUAUUUUUUUUCUUCUUCCAACUAUUUUAAUUACUUCAAAUGAAAUAUCUCAUUUCUUUUUUGUUAAUAUUUUUGCUUUGCCAUUAAAGUUUUUAUUUCCAGUAAAGUAGAUGAGAAAAGUGUUUUUUUCAAAGGUCACAUUUCAAUGAACAUAAAUGUUCGCAUCUUUCUUCAAACACACGGGUUUUUUUUAUGCAAGUUACAAUUUUGUUUCUGAUCAGCCCUAUUGUAUUUACAAAAACUUGCCUUCUCCCAUUCUUUUUUGACUUCCAGAUAUGGAUCUUAUAAAAAAUGUUCAGCUUACUCUAGAAUCAAAAUGAUCCAUUGCCUAUGAAACGGACAGUAUCGAAUGGAUGGAAUUUUGUAGCAAUUAAAUAGUAACAGACUUGAAUAUUGUCUUUACAUGAUUAAGAGAGAUGCUGUUAGUCUACUUGAUGAAUUAUCUUUAGCUAAAAAUAUCUUUCUUUAUUUUCGUUUUCUAAACAUACAUAUUUGAUCAAUUUUCUGAAUAAGGCAAACUGAUUUAGAACGAUCAAAUCAUGUUUUUUCUGUUAUGUGAUGGUCAUCAAUACUAUAAGAUAGUUUCAGUGCUUCUAAAGAAAAAGAAAUAGUUGUUUGGGCAAGACCUAUUUACAAAUUAGAGUUACUAUCGGUUUCUUUAUGUUCUACUAUACCCAUGUAAAAAUUUUUGACAAUUUAAUGAAGUUUUGUGACGUGAAAAUUCGUUAAAAAUUUAACGAUUUAACGAUUAAAAAGGUUACAAUUUCGAUCAUAAAAACGCGUUAAAUAUGCAAAAAAUUAACGCGUUUUCACGCGUGGAAAUAUUCUAACGCGUGUUUCAGCGUUAAUAAUAACAUUUUUUAACGCGUUUUCACGGUCAAAAUUGUAACAGCUUUUUUCGUGAAAUCGUUAAAUUUUUAACGAACUAUUACGCGUUUAUUUUUCGAAUAACGCGUGAAAAUGUGUUAAAUUCGUUAGCGCAUAUAUACAGUAGUAUUGAGAGUAUUCUAGACUGUUAUAAAUCACAUGCAUGAUCAGUAGUUUUCAGUCAUCAAUAUUCCCUAAGUUUUACUUAUUUGACCAGAAAAAUUUAUAUAAGCAACUGCACUUGAAUAUUGUACGCAGUCAACUACAUACAAGACCG